CUAAUACACACAUGUUGGAAGGGUGAAAUGGCCAAAAUACCCCAAGUCCUUAUAUUUCUAAAUGCCUAAACAGCCCCUUAUCUUCAAAGAACUGAUGCUGGCCUUCCUCACAAAGCUGGUCCUAGGUUCCAAAUGACUAUUUUACCCCCCAUUGAUAACGAAGCUGACAAUAUAAAGUAUCUUAACAGAAAUAUCUUCAAGGGAGCCAGCACAAAAGCGCAACCCACGUAGACACGCAUAAACAAAGCAUCAGAUAAACUUAACAAACUGCUCACACACAUAUUAUACAUCUGAGGAAAAAGCCCACCUUUUAUCAUCAGUCCCUCUCUAUAUAAGAGUCCAGCUCCCUCAGUGCCCAGUAAUUCAGUUAGGAGACAUAGUUAUCUCCCUUGUUCUCCUCCUCGUUCCUUCUUCCUAGAGAGAGAGAGACUAAGAGAAAAGUCCCUUAGUGAUCAGAGCUUUAGCUAACCGACCCAAAAUUUCCACUCCCUUGUUCUCUAUUUUAUCUAGAGUGAGAAUAAGACCCAAUCCCUGUAGACCUCAGAGAUUCAGCUUAAGAGACCCAAAAUCUCCAUCACUUUCACUCUUCUUUUUGUCUUUUUUCUAGAGAAAAUGUCCAGGGUUUACCCAGAAGCGGAUAAGUGUAAUCUUAGUGCUGGGCAAGGCAUGGGUCCUCCUGCCAUGCUAACAGUUUGGAAGAAGUCGAGCAUGGCACUCCAUGGUACAGAUGGUUUCACAGUUUUCGAUUGUCAUGGUAACAUGGCUUUCAGAGUUGAUAACUAUACAAGGAGCAGUCAGGGCCUAACGAGUGGCCUUGUGCUCAUGGACGGUGCCGGAACUGCGCUACUAACUCUACGUCCUAAGAUUUUGAGCACACAUGAUCGGUGGGAAGGUUUUGAGGGUGAGGCUGGCCCAAAAAAGACGCAAAAGCACCCAGUUUUCGCUUUAAGGAGAUGCUCAGUGUUCCAAAAUAAUGACCAAGCAGAGGUUUUCAUGGGUUCUCAGGUGCCCAAGUUUCAAAUAGAGGGGUGUUUCCGGAAGAGAAAUUGCACCAUAAAAACAGCCACUGGUGAAUUGGUAGCCAAGAUAAGUAGGAAGAUGUCAAGGUCUAAUGUCAUGUUAACUGAUGAUGUAUUCUCUAUGGUGGUCCAUCCAGGCCAUGACCAUGCUCUACUCAUGGCCUUCGUUGUGGUCUUGGACCGAAUUAGUAGGAAGCCUUAUACCCCGGUCUUGUGCUAUUGAUCAUAAUAAAAUUGCUCCUCCGACCUAUUGAAUGCUGGAAAAAUUUAUCCAACCAGCAGAGUCAUAUUGCUUGCCUUAUUGUGUUAGAAGUACAGGUGAUGUAUGUAUAUAUAUUGACAAGUGAGAAUGUUCUAUAUUUACGGAA